ACGAUCAAUCAAAUGAUAAUCAUUCAAUUACACGCACGUAAACCACAGCCGCGACCAGCAAGGGUUAUAAAACGGUUCGAUAAGUGCCACCCACCCUUCAGUCAAACAAUCGCUGUUCCGGAAAAGUGAAGAAAAACAGUCGUUACUUAUUCAAGAUGUGGUCAUCGGUCUUCUUUCCGGGAAUACUGUUGCUAAUAUCAACUGCAGCUUCAGAUUCGAUUUGUACCGUAACCCUUUCAUCUCCGGAACAACUGGAUGGAUGUAGCUUCAGCCCAUUGAUCGCAAUGGCCGAUCAAUCCGGAUGGACUCUCUCGAAACCAAACUGCGGUCAAACGGUUACGGCCGACCUUUUCGAGGUGCCACCGAUUCUGUUCUUUGACUUUGCCGAACCGGAAAAGCUGUAUACCUUAGUUUUUGUGGAUUUGGAUGGAGCCAGCAGCAGCACCAGUAGCGGUCAAAGCGAGGACAAAAUGUUUCUGCACUGGAUUGUGGUCAACGUUCCGGAAGCUGCGCUGAUGCAGGGCAUGACGUCGUCCGAUGGCGAUAUCGUAAUGGAUUAUCUGCCACCAUCGGCGGCAAGUUAUGAGCACCGGUUCGGUUUCUAUCUAUACGAGCAGGCCUUCGGAACCUGCUAUCCACCGAUGCCGAACAGCCGGGAGGACUUCAGCUUGACCGCAUGGAUCCAGUCGAUAUAUCCCGAAGGCACACUUUGUGGUCCGGUUGGAGCGAUCGGGUUCAAUCUGUAAUGGCAAGGGUGAGAAGCGAGCAGCGAGGAGCACAAUUUAUUGACCAACGCUAUCGGAAAUCGGGAAAUGUAACGCACCCUGACACUGGCUCAGUGAACACUGCUCAAUGGACACAGUGGAAGAUAAGAACCAACGGCAGCGAACUAUCUUGCCGGGUUGAGCAUUACGAGGAUCGCUACAACUUGUAUGUUUGCCAAUAAUGGUCCGGUGAAUAAUUUAGUUAUGUGCGCUGAUCGUAAUAAAUGUCAUUGUGAACGAAUGAAAA